GGCCAGCGUUUCAUAGUGAUCUCGGCCGGGCGAGAGAGCGCUUGUGAUGGCGGUUUCGCGAAGAUCUAUAUUAAAACUUUAAAAGUUUUCUUUUAUUUCAUCUUCUGUUUGUCCCUGGUCAAUUUUCCGAAGGGAAGUCACACCGGGAAGGCUUUCGGUCCGAGGGUGCUUGGCCGGCUUUCAGACUUGCUGUCAAAUUCAUUUCUUGAAUCUCUUCAACGUACACAAUGUCGCUGUGACAUUUUUUAGAUAACAACUUAUUUUUGUGGAUAAACAACGUUUAUUGAGUUCGAAAUGAGGGUAGUAGCAUUAAUAAGUGGCGGAAAAGACAGCUGUUACAACAUGCUGCAGUGUGUGAUGGCUGGUCAUGAAAUUGUCGCCUUAGCUAAUUUAAAGCCAGACACAAGAGAUGAACUCGACAGCUACAUGUACCAGACUGUCGGGCAUCAAGGGGUGGAAAUGUAUGCGGAAGCGUUGAAUUUGCCACUGUUUCGAUAUGAGACUUCUGGAGUCGCGCUGCAAAAUGAAAAAAUGUACACUCCGACCCCUGAGGAUGAAGUUGAAGAUCUUUAUAAACUUUUGCUUAAUGUUAAGAAAGAAGUCCAUAUUGAAGCAGUUGGUGUGGGAGCCGUUCUUUCAGAUUAUCAAAGACUGCGAGUAGAAAAUGUUUGUGCCAGGCUAGGUCUGGUUACUCUAGCUUAUCUUUGGAGAAGAGAUCAAGGCGAAUUGCUUCAAGAAAUGAUCAAUACACAUAUAGAUGCCAUUGUUAUUAAGGUCGCAGCUUUAGGACUAGAUCCUGCGAAACAUUUAGGCUUAAAAAUAUCAGAAAUACAACCCCAUCUUAUUAAAAUGAAUGAAAAAUAUGGAUUAAAUAUUUGUGGGGAGGGCGGGGAGUAUGAGACGUUUACACUCGACUGUCCCUUGUUUUGCAAAUCUCUAGUCAUAGAUGAUUGGGAGACUGUAAUCCAUUCUAAUGAUGCUAUCGCCCCUGUUGGAUAUCUGAAUUUUACAAAAAUACGUCUUGUAUCGAAAGAAGGCGUAGACUGCAAUUCAAGCUUAGCCGACAGGUUGAAAAUUUGCCGGGCAAAAACCAUCGAUGAUUAUAUAUUAGAUAUCGACCAGGCAGAAGUGACCGAUACUGAUUCUGAUGCUACAGACUGUGACUUCGAUGGAGCAUUGGAUAUAGAUCCAUUGUUGGAGAUUAUAGAAAAGGAGCCUUCGCCGAAUAAAGUGACAGCCGUGAGCAAUGGUAGCGGUUGGUACUGGGUUGGAGGGAUAGUCGGUGAAAACAGUGAUAUCACCUUGGCAAUGACUGACGCAUUGGUGAAAUUAGAAGCCAUCCUCCAGGAAAAAGGCCUUCAACUGGCCCACCUUGUGAACGUGUCGUUGUUCUUGAAAGACCUCUCUCAGUACACACAAGUCAACAAAUGUUAUUUGAAUAAAAUAACAGGACCGAAUCCCCCUGUAAGGACAUGCCUUGGGGUUGGACUAAAUGAACAGACACCUGUGAUGCUAAACGCAUUAGCUUAUUCUAAUAAAAAACACUGCAUGCAUGUUCAGUCAAUAUCUCAUUGGGCACCGGCAAAUAUUGGACCAUACAGUCAAGUCAUUAAGGGAGGAGAAGAUGUGAUAUACGUCGCUGGGCAGAUCGGGUUGGUUCCAGGAACUAUGACUCUCGUAUCCGGUGGUAUAAGGAGACAAUGUAGGCUUGCUUUGAGGCAUGUUGGCAGACUGGUUAAAGCAAUGGACAAGGACACCCAGCUUCGCGAUGUCGUACAAGGCAUUUGCUACGUCACCAAUGCAUCAUAUAUAGCCGAAGCGAGGAAGGAAUGGGAGAGAAGAACAAACAACGCGAUUGUAGAGUACAUAGUUGUAAGAGAACUGCCGAAAUCGUCUCUUGUAGAGUGGCAAGUCUGGGCCCAUAGAGGAAACACUCGUUUUGAAUAUGAAGAAACUGGCUGUGUUGUUGGUGAGAAUCGUGUUUCUAUCAAGAGAAGGUGGAAUUAUGAAAGUUCUGUUUCUGCUAUUGUUUGUAACGUCUCUACAGUAUCUUCGGUCUCAAAUCCUGUCAUUUCGAACUUGAACUCUGUAGGCUUCAACUGUGAAUCUUUGUCCGAGGCGCAGCUACUUGAGGUGUUCAGGUAUGCCAUGUCUCGUUUAUUCAAAGGAGUACCACCACCGACAGUGCAGUGCGAGCAGAACUGUAACAGUAACAAUAACGCCACGUUGUCCCCGAUACCGGUCUGUUCUCUGCAACUUUUCUACAGGGUCGGCCGCUCUCCAGGACCUCAGUUGAUCCAUGACACAAUCGCCAAAUUGGAAGAGUACAACAUUGCAACGACCGUUAUCCCCGUCUGUCAGCUGAGCCAUGCUAACACUUUCAUAUCCUUAUGUGCUGUGAGGCAUAGUUAGAAAAGUUUUAUUCCAGAAUCCGGUAUGAAAAUUUGCUUAAAAUUGGCAAGAAAGUGUAGUCUUCCUUAAACAAUUUGAAGGCUUUGUUUAGUUUUGUAAUACGACUACAUAGAUUUGCCCCUUUUUUUAUUCAUUACUUUUUUUUAAAUAGAGUUUAUUAGUUAUAUGUGGAAAGGAUAACACUUAACGUAUAGUUUUUUCAAUUAUUUAACAUCAAAUUUUGAAAUAUUUUUUAAAUUUUAUUACUUUAAAACAAAAAUAAAAUA